AUGUCAGAAUUACCUAGUUCUAUAAAAUCAGCUUUAGUUAAGCCACUAGAACGUGUUUACUUACUAUACCUUGAAAGAGAACUUAUAUCAUUCAUACAAGAUGCAUUACUUGACUAUCCUCAACAUCAAGAGGGGAAUGAAGAAGAACAAGAAGAUAACAAACAACAACAACAACCUAAACCUCAAUACACUAUCAAAGCAAAUUAUCUUAAGAAUUCAUACUAUCGUUUAUUAAGUCACCAAUUAUGUCAAUAUUAUAAUUUACAACAUUGGAAUAAUACCCUUAAUGAAAUAAUAGUUACUCCAACUGAUGCAUUCAAUUAUAAAGAUUUCAUGUCAGUGAUUGAAAAGAGUGAUGAUAAAGAUGUUUCAUUUAAAAAAUUAUCUGAUCUUGUCCCAGAUGAAACUAAUAGCAAUGGUACUGAAAUUAAUCAUCAUAAUCAUAGUCCUUCAAAUCCAUCAUUCAAAUCUUAUAACAAUAACUCUACUAUCAUCAAACCAAAGUUAAUCAUGAAGAAAAAUAAACCCUCCAAACCUGUGUCUGAUGAUAAUAGUGAUACGUCUCAACAUCAAGAUACUAUUGAUUCUAAGAUUAGUAGUCCAAUUCCUGACGAUUCAUCAGUUACAAGUACUCCAACGGAAGUUUCAGAAACUUUUAAAAUUGAAUCAGAAAGAGCUUCUAAAGAAGCAUUAUACUUGAAAGUUAGAGAACAAAUCUUUGAUGAAGCUGAUGAUGAUGCCCAAGAAGAAGAAGAGGAAGAAGAUGAUGAUGACGGUGAAGAAUUUAAUGAUGAAUUCGUUAAUAACGAUAAUAGAUAUAAUAGUCAUCAAAGGUACAAUCAAAUAAAUCCUCCUAAAUUCAUCCCAUACAUGAAUGCAUCUCAUAUACCGAUGCAUAUGCCAAUGGCUUAUGGUAAUGGAAUGUCACCACCAACAUUUGUUCCUGCCAAUGGAUAUUUCCCACCAUCACCAGGAGCUGUACCAAUAGUUUAUCCUACCAACUUUUAUACUCCAAAUAAUGCUAUGUUACCUCCUGGUCCCGGUUAUUAUGGAUAUCCUGUUCCACCAGCAUCAAUGGGAGGUGGUCCUCAUGGUCCUCAUAUACCACCCAAUCCUCCUUAUGAUAAAGAAACAGAAAGAAGAUUAUUAAAUAAUCCUUAUAUUAUAAUACCGGGUGAUAAUAAUCAUAAGUCUCAAUACAAGCCAAGACAAAAUAGUACUGGUCAAGGUAAAGGUAAUGGAUAUAAUGUUCAUCAUUACAAUAAUAAUAAUAAUGGUAAUGGAAAAUAUUACAAUGGUAAUGCCAAUGGCAACAGUACAAAUAAUAAUAAUAAUAAUAAUAUUGGUUAUAAUGGAGGUCAAUACACUGCCAAUUCUAAUUACUAUAAUCCCGAACCCAAUGGUACCAAAACCAAGUAUACAAACAAUAAGACUGUUGUUCCCAAACAAAACCAAUAA